UCCAUUCAAAAUAAAUCCCAGUGCACUAAAAGCUAAGGUUUCGCGAAGGAUAAUGGAACUAGCAGAGCCCAGGGAAUUCCUUGACAAACACACACGUGUAUUUAAAGUGUCGCCGAGAGCAUUGCGGGCAAGGAUUACGCCCCAUCUGAGGGAACUAGGGGUGUGUUCAGAAAUGCAUCAAGCCAAAGCAUCAGACGUAUUUAUUUCUAAACUAUAAUUGAUGGAAAUGUCCAAUAUGCGCAACCACGGUUCAUUGCCUAAUUGGAACUUAGUUGCGUAAAUAGGGCAUUUCCAUCAGCUAUAGUUUAGAAGUAAAAGAGACUGAUGCUUUGGCUUGAUGCAUUUCUGAACGCACCCUAGCUAAGCCGAGGACCUAUGAUACUGGUCUAUAUCGGAGUUAAUUGUUUUUUUUUUUUUGCUUUUAAUUAAAGUGCAAAUUAUUGCAUGCGAUAUAAAUCAAUUUUAAGUUAACAUUUUUAUUUAAUAAAAAGUUAUACCUAAGUUAAAUGAGAGUUCUUAUUCCAUGUUCAUAUAAGCCUACUGGCAAAGGGCCAAUGCAUUUUUCAUCGUAUCACAAAGAUUUGAAAUGCACUGACUAAUUACCGAAAGUAAUUAUGGAAUUUGAUUUCUGCACAAGACAAAUUAACUCACUACUGUUGCAAAAAAAAAUGCACUUUGACUCAGACUCAGUGGACGAAAUUAGUUUCACUUGAGUCACUUUUUCACUUGUUUCAGUUUCAAUGCUCUUGAAAGUCUACAAUAGAAUUUUUGGUUUCUUUUUUCAAAAUACAUACAUAAAUAAGUUGUGAAACACGAAACAAAAUUUUUAGUGCAAAAUAUAUAAAAAUACUUCAUAUAAAAAAACUAAGAUGCAUAAGGUUUCAAAGAGUACAAAAUGUUGUCCUACAUUUGAUAAACUGCCCGAAAACAUAAGUUGUUUUUUGCCGGGUAUAAGCAAGAGUUGGCAACGACUAGUGGAGCGCCACAAAAAUAUGUUCACGAAACGCAAGCGAAUACUGCGAAUGGCUCAGCGGACAAGGCACUUGAGGGGAGAAUUCAUACCAAAAUGUCCAUGUAAAUAUAAAAAGCCAAUUGAAUUUGUGCGAGAAACACCCAUGCGAACACGCACUGAACAAUUAGCCCUGCCGGGUGUGCGAAAGCUGCUUUUGUUCAAGAAUAGAGUGAAGGAUUUUUUUGAACCUUUAAGAAUAUUGGGGAUAAAUCGUUUAAUACGUCUAAGCCUGUUUUCUGUGUAUAGUCGCUUGAGUAAUAUACAACCGCCUCAGAAAAAAAUUCCAAUACAUAAAUGGGAUGACACUGAAUGGAAGAAUCACACGAAAUAUCUUCAAAAAUUGGCGAAGCCUAAAAAAGAACCCAAACAGCCUAAACUACCAGUUAAAAAAAAGAAACCUGAAGAGAUGGGCCGAAUUAAACUGCUGGCACUACCGAAAACCCGUGAAGAACCAACAAAAGAACCUUGGUUGCUUACUCCAGGAAUGAAAUUUUACAAGCCCACGGAACGAAUACUGAAAAUCGCGCAACCAAAAAUGUUUGAUGAGUCUGCGAUUAUUCAAAGUUUGCCCAUACCGGUUAAUCCUGCUGCUUUAACGCAUAAAGCUACAAAACGUACUAAAGAGUUGGCUACUGCCCGCGAGAAAGGUGUAGCCGAAUCAGACCUCAAGGAGAAUCCUUUCUCAAUAUCACCGAAUGCACUGAAAGCGCGCGCUACUGCACGCAUCAAGGAGUUAGCAGAACCAAAGGAAUUUGACAAUGCUCAUAUUCGGGAAAAUCCAUUCGCAAUCUCUCCGGCUGCACUCAAAGCCAAGGCAUCACCUAGGAUUAUUGAACUGGCACGACCAAAAGGCAGUUAACUUGUUUUAGUUCCUUGUGAAAUUGUUGAAGAAAAUAAAAUUUGUAUACGUAUUUAAAUAAUUUUUCUUUUAGCGUAAUAUGAGG